AUGGGAAUGCCACUUGCACUGAUGCCAGCUGACAUACAGACACAAAAAUAAAUGGAGUCAUUGUCAAAGGGCUCCACUUCCCCUGUUAAGCCAGAGGGUGCUAUGCCUGGAAGACUAACCAAGCAAGAGGCGGUUGGCAGGGUGGCUGAAGAAAAAGCAUGCAGUGCAUCCACCGCCACAUGUGUACCAGGAGUAGGAACUGAUGUGGAGAGGAAACUCUCUGGAGAUCUGACAAUGAACAGUUACUCAAAACGCUGCAGCUCCAGUGAGGACAGCUUUGAGUUACAGGGUAGUGCAAGGUCAGAAGCUAAAAGCUUUGUUAAAAGCAAAAAUAAGGAUGAAGGCUAUCGACCCCAUCGAUCAAAGCACUGUCAGAAAGGGGGUGAAAAAACCCACGGACUGGAACACUCUUCUCUAUAUCCAACAGAAGUGGGAAAUGCAAGCCAAAAGCUCCAGAGGCAGAAGAAGACUCACAAGAAAAGCAGUUCCUCUGCAUCUGAUUUGAGCUUAGUGAGUCAAGGAUCAUCAAGUUCACUGUCCAUUGUGGAAGAAAAAAUUGAAGCUAAACUAAAAUUCUCUCAGUUUAUUAAUGAAGUUACUUUCAGAGUGCUUGAUCCCAUGAGCCUGAGGGCAUACCGAGCUGCUAAACUGAAAAAUACUUUUCCACCCAGUGUGAGAAGCCUAGAUGAUUUGCAUAUCAAGAGAAAGUCUUCUGAAAGCUGGAAAGAGAACAUUCUAGAUGGGAAAACUCAUGAAGAAGUCGACUUAGAGAGUCUAAGAAGUGAUGACAUUGUGGCUGGACCAAGAAUACGCAAAUUAGAGAAGUCCUUGUCCCUGGAUACAGCUCCCUCUCUCAGGUCUCUUGAUAAUGGUGCCUCAUGCAGAACAAGAUCUGGCUUGCCUGUAGAAAUUAUGAUUUCUCAAAGCAAAGAAAUGCCAGCCACAAAAUCUGCAUCUCUGCCUAGAAGUACAAGCAUGGCCUCUGCGGCAGACAUGGAGAAAAUAAGGGUACGAAAUUCCUGGGUGCCAACCUGCCUAUGGCAACCUAGAAUUCUCCAGGGCAGGCUCGCAAAAUCUUCACCUACUCUCUGGGACAGUACUUUGCAAGAACAGAAGGGGGAAUUACGAAAGCGUCUAUCAUAUACUACCCAUAAGCUGGAAAUGCUUGAAACGGAGUUUGAUUCUACACGUCAGUAUCUUGAAAUAGAAUUGAGACGUGCUCAGGAGGAACUUGAAAAAGUAACUGAAAAACUGAGAAGGAUACAAAAUAAUUACCUAGCCUUACAAAGAAUUAAUCAGGAUCUGGAGGAUAAACUUUACAGAAUGGGUCAACAUUACGAAGAGGAAAAACGGGCUUUGAGCCAUGAAAUAAUUGCACUCAAUAAUCACUUAAUUGAGGCCAAGGUGACAAUAGAUAAGUUGUCAGAAGACAAUGAGCUCUAUAGGAAGGACUGCAAUUUAGCUGCUCAGUUGCUCCAGUGCAGCAAGAAUUACGACAGGGCACAUAAACUUUCGGAGUUGCCAUCUGACUUUCAGGAAAGGGUCAGCAUUCAUCUGGAAAAACACGGGUGCAGCCUUUCUGUCCCCUUGUGCCACACAUCUUACGCUGAUACCAUACCCACUUGCGUCAUUGCCAAAGUACUGGAAAAACCAGAUCCAAACAGCUUGUCUUCACACUUGUCAAGCCCAUCUACAAGGGAUCUCAGUUUUCAGGACUCUGCUGGAAAACUUGGACAAAGGCCCCAGUACAAGUCAGACAUCUACUGCAGCGACACCGCCCUUUACUGCCCCGAGGAGCGGAGGAGGGAGAGGAGGCAGAGUGUAGACACGCAAGUGAAGGACGUGGGGUUCCUGCGGUCCCAGAACUCCACGGACAGCACCGUCGAAGAAGACGGUUUCCAUUCCAGCUUCUCUCACGAAGCCUUCCCGGAGUACAUUACCUCUCUGCCGACCUCCAGCUCCUACUCCAGCUUCAGCGUCACAUCCGAGGAGAAGGAGAACGCCCAAGCCAACACUCUGACAGCCUCUCAGCAGGCAAUCUACAUGAGCAACCGAGAUGAACUGUUUGAAAGAAAGUCACCUGCAGGUUACGAGCAUCAGGGAAGUCCUAGGUUUGCCAAGUCCAAACCUGUGCAGCACAUGGAGCUUGCUGAUGACAACGAGAACUCACCCACUUUUACUAGGACUCUGCCUCCGUAUGCAAACGAACCUUUUCAUUUCUCAGCCAUAACACCACAGCAGGCUUUAGCAAACCAGAAAAUGAGGAAUGAGUGCAGGAGUACCCACCUUUCAGAAGAAGACCUGCCUGGGCGAUGGAGGCAAUUGAGCGUGGAGGAUAUUGGUGCGUACUCCUACAGGAAUGCUGGCAGGCUGUCGCCCUGUAGUUUUUCAGAGCAGUACUACAGCAGCCCCAUUAAGAAGGGAGACAGUCGAACAAGCCCCAUCUAUGCUAGCUACAAAGCAGACAGCUGCUCAGAGGGAGAUGAUAUCUGCCAAAGCAGGCUUGUGGAUUCUUGCUUCCUGAGAACAGACAGUGGCCUGAAUAUUGACAUCAGCACUAGCUGUAAGCAGGACAAAUUGCCCACUUACAAAACAAAAGAACCAAGAGACCAAAAAAAUGAAAGGAUCACCGUCCAGUUAUGCAGUAGCAAAAACAUCGAAAAUAGCCCAGUAUUGAAAAGAGAAUACGUGGACGUGAGCCCCAACAGCUCCGCAGAGUCCCUCAACCAGAGUUCAGUGGAGGCUUCAGAAAUUCACCAGUCUUCCAUGGAGCAAGGAAGCCAUUCGGGUAUUCACAGCAAACAGCAGCAGUUUCAACGGACUGGGAGUACUGGUUUGAGUCGGAAGGACAGCCUUACAAAAGCACAAUUAUACGGAACCCUUCUGAACUAGGCAUCUUCUGAAAUGGCAAUAAGACAACAAACUAAAGGAAGCAAAGAGCAUUUGAUAUUUCUAGAGAACAAUAAGGUUCUAAGAAACAGGAUUAUUAUAAAAUAUAUAUUCAUAAUGGUACUAUAUGUUUAAAACAAAAUCUCUUCAAAAAUGUUAUACAGCACUUUUCACUUAACAUCCUUUCCACGUGGGAGACCGUCCCCUCCCCUCUUUUAUAAACCUGAAGUAUUUUUAUAACAAAAAUGGUAUUUAUUAGACUAUCCUAACUAUUUGAGCAGAAUUCUUUUCCCUUCAAGCAGGUUUCUUAUUUAUUUUUGUGCAUGAGGCCAUCUGUGCCUAAACUCUUGGAGGAAAAGGGUAAAAUCAUGACAGCGGUGAUAAAAAAUAAAUCCACCUGAUAAAAUACCAUAAAAUGUCAUGUGAAAACAAAACAAACAAGAAUGGUGAAUUUGAAGAAGUAUAUUUUUUAACAAGAAUGGAAUUGUAUCUGAAGUUAU